AGAUAAAUUUUUCAUCAAUUUGGUCAUUGUGUGGGAAUACAAUGUAACGUAAUUAUUUAUGCUGCUGUAAACAUGAAAAACAAAGUUGUCGAUCUCAUUUAAAGGAUAAAACAGACAGAGAGAAUACAGGCAAGCGGUUUUUUUUCGAAUUCUCCUUUUUUUCUGCGAAAGACAAACGGCUUGCGCGCAAAUUUCCUCAAGAUGACCAACGCGCGAGAAGAUCGAACUUGAUUUUUGCAUAAAUUAUGAACAUUCACAGACAGACGCGUCAUGGCGAACUUACUAAAAACAGAAACUCAGCUAAACACGAAAGAAACUGAUUUAAAUCAAAUCGAAAACUGAUAAAAUUUCAUCACCAGUCGUAAAAAUAUCCAUCUAAUCUAUUUCUUACGCCUUUUCAGUGAUAUACUGAACAUCUGUUUGUAUAUGUCACGAACUAAUUACGGAGAAUUUUAAAUAAUAUCAAAACAUUGAAUCUUCGUUUCGUAUUAUUGCUCUUGUUACAUAUAUUUUAAAAAACUGAAACAAGCUAUUGCCACAGCAAGAUGGCGGCUUUACUUGUGGGCUCCUUGUCGACAAGAAAAGUUUCUGCUCAUCACCGCUGCAAUUUCUGCUUUUGAAAGACUAGCAAAUACAUCGGAGAGUUGGAAAAUAUCUUUUAUCUUAACGCCAGUGACAAUGUCGACCCAGCUCGCCUCAGAGCCCUCUACUUCAGGCGUGAUGAAACCCUCUGCCAACCCCCCUCUCCAUAUUCAGACAGGAACCAUGCAAAAUACAAAUUCUAAUUUUAGUGGCCCUGUUGAUCGUCAAAACUCUCAUGGUUCAGUGCCAUGUUCUCCUCAACCCCCAAUGUCUCCGGACCCAGUGCAUGACUUGCCACCAGAGUUACUGCAGGCGGGCUGGAGGAAGUUCUGGAGCAAGCGGGAAGGUCGGCCUUACUAUUUCAACAAAAUCACAAAUGAGUCAUUGUGGGAGACACCUUCACUCGGUGCUGUGCACGACCCUCUGACAGACCCACUAGGAAUCAACUCAGAUGAGAGUAACGGCCCAGGGCCUCCUGGGGCACUAGACAAACGGCUGAGUCGACAGAGCACAGAGAUCCCUCCCCCAGGGGGCAAGAGGAGAGCAAGUGCUGAACUUUGUAUUGGGAGCCCCCUGAAAAAGGCUCAGCUGAAUUACAAACCGUUUUGGAACUUUGAUGUACCCACCAAUGCUGUGAUUAAAGAACGAGCCCCCGUGCACAUGCCCCCACCUCACCCUGAGGUGGAGAUCUUCAGACACACUCUCAUCAGCAAGCUGCGGCAGAUCUACCAGGAUCUAUGCCACCAAAGAGAAGGCAUCGAUGCCCCGGUGGAUUCGUUCAAUCGAUGGCUGCUGGAGCGUAAGGUCAUUGACAAAGGCAAAGAUCCAAUCCUACCUUCAGAUUGUACACCAGAGCUUUCCCAGCAGAUGAUGCAUGAGAUCAUGAAUGACAUCCCUGUCAAGUUAGUCAAACCAAAAUUCUCAGCUGAUGCUCGGAAGCAACUCUACAGAUAUGCUGAGGCUGCCAAGAAAAUGAUCGAGACCAGGAAAGCAUCCCCGAACAGCCGUAAGGUUGUCAAGUGGAAUGUAGAGGAUACUUUUAAAUGGCUGCGGAAAAGACACAACUGUUCCUACGAUGAUUAUUUGGAGCGUCUGACCCAUCUGAAGCGACAGUGUGAGCCUCAUCUUUAUGAGGCCGCCGAGGAGUCGGUGAAAGGUAUCUGCACCAAGAUCUACAAGAUGUCGUGUGAGAAUGUGCAGAAAAUACAGGACAAGACCUGGGAAAUCUUCAAGGAGCACAACAUCACAGAGGGUACCCCUCUACCAGAACCAAGCAGCCCGCGAAUGACGUAUUGCUACGCUGUGCAGAUGAGUGUCCCGUCUCCGCGUCUGCCGGUCGUGGAGCGCAUCUUGGAGAAUGAGGUUGCUCACCUCCGGUUUAAAAAUGAAACCCUCAAGAUGAAUCAAGAGCACUUCUGGAAGAUGGAACAGCUGUAUGGUCUGAACUGUCGAGAUGACCAAAGGUUCGACAACUUCUUAGCAAGGACCUGGUGCCUACUGAAAAGAUAUCAGACGUACUUUGGCAUCAACGCCAACGAGGGCAAGGGAAAUCAGGGUGCUUUGUCUCCAUCGCUAAUGGAGUGUCUGCACCGUGUGUUUGGGGUCACCUUUGAGUGUUUUGCUUCUCCUCUCAACUGUUACUUUAGACAGUACUGCUCUGCUUUCCCUGACACGGACGGCUUUUUUGGCUCCAGGGGCCCAUUCCUGGACUUUUACCCGACCAGUGGCUCGUUUGAGGCCAAUCCUCCCUUCUCUGAUGAGCUGAUGGCGGCCAUGGUGGACCACAUGGAGAGUCUGCUGGGGGAGACGAAUGAGCCACUCUCCUUCAUUGUGUUCAUCCCAGACUGGCGAGAUCCGCCCACUGAAGCACUGAUUCGUCUGGAGAGCAGCAAAUUCAAGCGGAAACAGUUUAUUUGCCCUCCGUUUGAGCAUGAGUACCGCCAUGGAUUUCAGCAUUUACCCUCAGCAAAAAGUGAAAUGAGUGCUAAGGCAGUGUUUGGGACGCUGGUGGUAUUCCUGCAGAAUGAUGCCGGAUUUGCACGAUGGGAACCAACUUCCGAAAAGAUCAAGGAGCUGAUUCUAGCGUCCAAACCGAAAGACCCCAUCACAAACCCGUCCUCGCCAUCCUGAUAAGUCAUCUCCCUUUUCCCCCUCCCUUCUGCCUGACAUCACCACCGGCAUCAUCAUCCUCCUCCCUACCUUCGCCAUGUAUUCAUCUGCAAUAUCAGAA